AUUUGUAUGUACGUUUUAAUCAAUUUUCUCAGUAAUAGCAAAUUAUUCGUGUUUAAAGAUGUAUUAUUUCGAUUUUGUCCCCAGUAUUUCAAAAGGAAUGAGCUGUGUUUUGACCUGAGACAUAAGAAAGAAAGAAAAUGUUGGGAUUGAACACAGAGAAAGCAAUAAAACAACUAAAUUUAAUUGAAUGUACAUUCAAAUUACAUUACAUGCAUAUGUCACAGUUAUACUAAAUUAACAUUAGAAUUGUAAACCGAAAAUAAUAAACGAAAUCAACAAGUGAGACAAAUGUGAGCUUUCACAAUUCCUUACGAAAAUUAAUAAUUUUCCAAACCUAACUAAAUAACUGGAGACAAAGUUUUUUUUAACUGCACGUAGAUCACAAACCUGAAAUCGGUUGAUAAAUGUGAACGUUUUCGUGUUUUUAUUCAGAAAAAAACGCAGCUCCCCGUUUACUUCCAUGUAUUUUUAAGGCAGUCUUGCCCUCACUAACAUGGCGGACGCGUUGACGUAUCGCAGCAACGGCUCAGAGCGGCCAAUGAGGCGUCUAGUUAUUUAUAUGUCUGUUCGCCACGCUCUCUGUUGUUGUUAUGUCGGCGUGCUGCCUUAAUACAAACGGUUAGACACGUUUCUAAGAGAAAAAUUUAGUUUUUGAAUCAGUUCAGUAAAAUACCUGUAAUAUUCUCAUCCUAACAAUCGUGACUGAGUUUUGAAGCGAGCAAGAAUAUCUGGAGUUUAUCAUCUGAACUGAGAUCUGCUGCUAUGAAGAUGCAGUUUGUGAAAGAGGAGAGAGAAGAGAACACGAGUGAACCAGAAACCAGCACAAUAAAACACGAGGAACCAGAAACCUGGAGAAUAAAACUCGAGGAACCAGAAAUGCUGAGAAUAAAACACGAAGAUCCAGGAACCUGGAUAAUAAAACACGAGGAACUAGAAACCUGCAAAAUAAAACACGAGGAAAAAGAAUCCUUAAGAAUAAAACACGAGGAACCAGAAAUAAAACACGAGGAACAAGGAGUGAUGGGCGUGGGGAAGCAGUAUUUAAGCCGGCCACUUUCCAGAAACGGGAGAGAGAUCUGAGGGCUCGUGGGAGGACGCAGCAGACGGAACGCGAGAAGCCAAAGUGAAAGUGGAUUAUUUAUUGACGCGCAUGUGGCACGAGUUUGUUUUUUUGUAUUCUUUAUUUACGGACAAUAAAGUUUCCACGAGCCUCAGUAAGCCGACCCUGGUCUCCUUCCUUCUCUGUCAUACGAACAUUGUUACACUGGUGCCGAAAACCCGGGAAGGAAGGAGAACGACGCCGCCAUGCAAACCCCGUCAGGAACAUCGGGAACGCCGUUUGCGGAGCUCAUUACAUCGCUCGCGGGCCUGCAUUAGGAACAACAUCAAGCCCUGCUGGAGCUGUGAGCCGACCACGAACAUCGGUUCCAUGCAAUGAUGCAGGUCCAGCGGGAGGACCGCGAACUGUUCCGGAGCCUGCUGGACAGGGAGGUUCGGACGAGGUCAGCCUCCCCCAGUUCCAGCCCUGCUGCCCACAUGCCCCUGACAAAGAUGGGGCCAACGGAUGAUCCGGAAGCGUUCCUCGAACUUUUUGAGAGGACGGCUGAGGCAUGUGGGUGGCCAGAGGACAGCUGGCCGGUCAGAAUAAUUCCUCUGCUAUCUGGGGAGGCCCAGAAGGCUGCUCAACAACUGCCCGUCCAGAACCUCCUGGUAUAUGCAAACUUAAAAAGAGCAGUGCUCCAAAGGGUCGGCCUCAGCCCCGAGCAGCAUCGUCAAUGCUUCCGGUCGCUAGAACUGACUGAAGCUGGCCGGCCCUUUGUCUUAGCCCAGCAGCUCCGGGACUCGUGCCGCAAAUGGCUGUUGGCCGGAGGAAGCGACGACGAGACCAUUAUCAACACCGUGGUGCUGGAGCAGUUCAUCUCCCGACUCCCGAAGAGGACUGCUCAGUGGGUCCAGUGCCACCGGCCGGCAUCGCUCGAUCUGGCCAUCCAACUGGCGGAGGAUCAGCUGGCGGCGUGUUCCGGGGUCGGCGAACCCCUUCCAUCUGUCUCUCUCUCUCUUCCCCCCCCUCUCUCUCUCCUCUUGCUGCAAAGCCUGUCCCUCUACCCAGGUCCCGGUUUGCGGGGCCACCAAGGGCUGCACCCCGCUGGAGAACAGGGGCGGAGUCGGCAACGAUGUCACGGGGUCCUACCAGAGGAAUGGGGCCGCCACACGGGGAGGGUCUGGUUGAGCUACCUACUGCUUCCUCAUGUCAAUCACCUGACCCCCUUCCAACCACUAGGGUGGCGGGAAGGCCUGGGCCGGCCUGCUGGCGUUGCGGAGAUCCGGGCCAUUUCGUGGACCGGUGCCCGGUCAUGGAGGUGGGGACAUUGGUCCGGAUCCCAGACGACCCGCAGGCUGCCCCCGAUCAAGCCGGGUUGUAUCAAAUACCUUGAUGGGCGUGGGGAAGCAGUAUUUAAGCCGGCCACUUUUCAGAAACGGGAGAGAGAUCUGAGGGCUCGUGGGAGGACGCAGCAGACAGAACGCGAGAAGCCAAAGUGAAAGUGGAUUAUUUAUUGACGCGCAUGUGGCGCGAGUUUGUUUUUUUGUAUUUUUUAUUUACGGACAAUAAAGUUCCCACGAGCCUCAGUAAGCCGACCCUGGUCUCCUUCCUUCUCUGUCAUACGAACAUUGUUACACAUAGGCUGUGUCAUAGAAUUAGCUUUCGUUUAUUGGUAUAUUCUUCACCUCAGGCAGAUAUUUCUUGCUCCUUUAUUAAUAACAUUGCUUCAUCAUAAUCAUAAUCUAACCUGUCCUAAUCAUGUGUUCAUGUUUUCAUAGACAGAUUUUCAUGUCAGAUUUUUAUUUUUUUAUUUUUUCAUUUUCAUAACAAUCUUCAGAUUUUUUCAUUAUACACAUUAUUGCCAUCCCCCGCCCCCCCGCAUAAGCCCCACCCCCGAUAAAUCGUUUUUGAAACCUAUCGAUGAUCGAAAUUAGAAAUUUCCCAAAAUGCCCAUCCCUACUCACACCAUCGGUGCUUGGGCCCUAAUAAUAGUAAGAAUAAUCCUUAGGGGAACAAGAGGUCCAAUGGGCUUGAGCCCUAAUAAGAAUAAUCCCCUUCGGGUUUGAGCCCUAAAAAUAAAUGGAGCAGAUACAAGAGGGUCCUCGCACCAUCGGUGGUCGGGCCCUAAUAAACGGAGCAGAUACAAGAGGGUCCACCAUCGGUGCUCGGGCCCUAAAUAUACUUCGAUAAUUCAAGCACGUCCCAUUUUGCAAAUGUCACAUUACAUGAUUUGCACAGGAAAUUGGGCUUUUAUGGAGGAACGAAAGUGCAGCACUGCAAAAGUGGGGGGAAUGGGGCACAAUAAUCGUUUUAUCUCGAUUAUUGGAUUUUCAUAAUCAUUGGAGGCCAAAAUCGAAACUGAAUAAUUUUUUUUCGAUUAAUUGCACAGUCCUAAUAUGAAGUUUGCACAAAACUAAAUAAUGAUCUGAGAUUUUAUCACUUGUCUGCAUAAUUUCAAAAUCAUCAACAUCAAUUCCAUGUGACCGUAUUAAAUCUAGAGUAUGAUUUCAACAAUGAGUAGGUCCCAAGACAUGUUUUCUAACCCCAAUAGAGUUCAGAAUGUCUAUAAAUGCUGUUCCCAAUGCAUCUUUUUCAUUAUCACCAUGGAUAUUAAAAUCACCAACUAUUAAAACUUUAUCUACAGUCAGAACUAACUCGGAUGUAAAAUCACCAAACUCUUUAAUAAAGUCUGUAUGGUGCCCUGGUGGCCUGUAUACAGAAGCCAGUACAAACAUAAUGGGAUUUAUCAUUAACAUUUGUUUCUCUGGAAAAAUGUAAAGCACCAUCACUUCAAAAGGGUUAUACUUGAAGCCUGCCCUCUGAGAAAUCCUAAAAACAUUGUUAUAAAUUGUAGCAACACUUCCCCUUUGCCUUUCAGACGCAGCUCAUGGUAAUAACAGUAAACUUGGGGGGUGGACUCAUUUAAAAUAAUGUAAUCAUCAGGUUUUAGCCAGGUGUCUGUCAAACAGAGCACAUCUAGAUUAUGAUCAGUGAUCAUAUUUAAUGUCUGUUUAAUAACAGUAGCACCCAUUAGAUCCUUUGUGUAAAGGUCUUUUAAUUUUUGAUGAGUAGACUGUAGCCCAAGACUAUCUUACGUUUUGAAAUUAACUCACUGUAAAAAAAUUUUUUUUUAAAUGUUACAAUGUUACAUCAUAAUGUUAUUGUUGUUUUACUUUUAUCUCAUUUUACAAUUACAUUAACUUUGCAAUUCAUCCCUUUGUGCCACCUGGCGGUAGUUUCGUGAAUGGUUUUAACACGCGACUGACUUGCAGUUAACGCCGCGGCCCUGUACACAUGGCGGUAUUACCCAUUCUGGUUGUCUACCUACUGUAUAUAUGUAUAUAAAUGUAUAUAUGUAUAUAAAAUAUAUACAUAUAUUAAUUUUACUAGGGUUGUGAUGGUGGUAAAGUGGUAAAAAUCUGCCAACGUCGCAUCCCUAGUAAAAUUUAUAUAUUUCUUGUUUUAUACAGCUCAAAAACCCUUGAGUCAAUUGAUCCAAAACAAUGAUUUUUAAAAAAUGUUUUACCCAGUUUACCUAUUAAAUUAGUAAAAGUCAAUGAAUCUGAAGCAAAAAAAGUAAAUUGUGUAUUUACAGAUGUUCUCAGCUUUUAACAAUAUACCAAAAAUAAAUCAUUUUACCUUUA